GCUACAAAUUCAUAUCUCUGGUAACACUCAUCAACGGUUGGAAGUUCCAGUUCCAGUUAUUGUACCUAGUUAUUGAUCAGAUUAUUAUCCACGCGCAGCAUAGAUCUUCCAGUCGGAUGUAUUGCUCCAAUUCGGCUGUCAUGGGUAUCUGCUCCAUGCAUAUACGUUGAAUCGUUGAUACAUCAAAAUUAUAAAUAGGUACGCCAAUUCCUCUUGCUCAUGGGAAGUUUUUGGGCUGUUUCUUGAUUGAGGAUUCUAUCACUCAUCAAUAAUAUUCCCAAGCAUUCCUACUUUACAGCCUCCAGUCUUCCUUCAGCACACCGCUUCACUCGGUAGUAAUAGAAAUGAGAGCCAUUCUUCCGAUUAGCAUCGUCGAGGCGUUGCUCCUCGGUUCCUUUUGUCAAGCAAGUGCCUUUCUGGCACCGGAACAGGAUAUUCUUCUACCGUCAAGUGGGGUUUCCAUCAACCCACUUGCCCUUUUAGGGGCCAAUAGUCCUUAUUUUACUGGUGAGUUUCCGCAAAAGCUUCUGGAAUGAAUGAAGCAUCAUUUUGAUUGAUAUACGCCCUAAAGUGAGAUACUUGGAUAUGCUGAUCAAAAUUAGGGCCAAAUGUUUACGGGAUCAGCAACGAAGUACCUGAUAACUGUUACGUAGAGCAAGUAGCCUAUAAUGUUAGACAUGGAAGUCGAUAUCCGGAUUCGGGGGCAUAUGCGCAAUGGACUGCCUUGUAUGCUGAGAUCCAAGCUGCGAAUUUCACUUCUACCGGUUCUUUAGCUUUCCUCAAAUCCUGGAAGCCGGUUUUGACGAAUCCCACACUUCAGAUCGCUCAAGAAAGUCCCACCGGAUAUAAAGAAGCGUAUGAUCUCGGCUAUCAACUCCGGACUCGGUACCCAAAUCUUUACUCAUAUGGGCAGCCUUUCAUAAGCUGGGCUAACCUGUAUCCACGUGUUGUUCAAACUGCCCAAAACUUUGUGAGGGGUUUUCUUGGGCCUUCAGCAAGCAGUCUUGGUAUGGUAGUUACUAUUAACUCUACGGGAAGUGAUGCGGCGCUGUUUGAUAGUCUGAGUCCGAGUGAUUUGUGUCCUGCAUUCGUGGAUGGCAAUGGCGGUACAGAAUGUAAGCACCAUUAUUCUUCACUUCUUCAACUGGGCAUGUAAUAUUUAAUUGUUUUUACCUUGACUGACCGAUAUCAGAUGUAAAGUGGAACUCAAUAUAUCUUCCUCCAAUUCAGGCACGCCUUGAGUCAUUAAUCACGGGAAAUCUGAAAUUUUCAACCACCGAUAUCUCCAUCAUGCCUUAUCUUUGCGGGUUCGAAUCCCAAAUUACAGGUAAACUCUCCGCAUGGUGCGGUGUAUUUACGGACGAGGAACUCAAAAAGUAUGAGUUUGCGCAGGAUCUGAGAUAUUAUUAUGGAAUGGGGCCGGGUGAAGAUUUGUCCUCUAGGAUGAUGCUUCCAUAUCUUAAUGCCCUCGUUGGUAUCCUGGAACAAGGCCCGGGUGUUAACGGAACCUUGACAAAUGGGAGCAUGUUUACAUUGCCUAGUAUCCUCACUGCCUUUAUGAACGACGGACAGAUUGCGGAACUCGGAGCUGUAACCGGGGUAUGGGACAACACCACCUCCUUGGGUGAUGGAACAAAGAUUCCACGGGAGUACAAAUACAUCUCAAGUCAUUUUGUUAGCAUGAGAGGGACGGUGGCUUUUGAACGAAUGAAUUGUGCUAUAUCCGGAAAUGCAUCCUCCAGCAGCUUUGCAGGCUCAGCACAAAAUUCAUGCAGAAAGAAAAAUUUAUCGAGCACCUCGACCAAUGCAACAUACAUCCGUAUCCUCCUCAAUGACGUUGUAUACCCAGUACAUUCAUGUCAAUCCGGACCUGGUUCAAGUUGUCUCCUUAGCGACUACUCGGCACUGAUCAAGGGUAAGGUUGACAAAGCGGGAGAUCUUCCCUCUCGAUGCAAUGUUACGGUUUCUGGCGCGCCAACGAAAGUUAAGGGGGCUAGCUUUUUCACCGAUUUAUCACUUUCAUGGCUGAAAACUGUUGUUCCAUAGAAUAGUGCUCGUAGUCGUGAUGGUGGAUAAUGCAUAGAACACAGAGCAAUCAAUUAUCAAUGUAGACAAGUUGAGUGUAUUCGUCAUUAGAGUAUCAAGAGAUUCUGACUGAUUGACAGUUCUACCUUUUUGUGAUUCUACUUUUUGGUGAAUGAGACGUCGUGAUUGAGGUAUCCUCAAGUCGAGUUUUGCUUUGAAAGAAAGAGGUCGAAAAAGAUGAUGGAACGGUCAAUAAAGUGAUUCGAUGGGUAGGGGUUUCACUCAAAGUACAAACAUGAAGUCAAAUAUGAGGUGCAAGGUGCCUGGAAAUGCAUAAAAUUUCAGUUGAAAUUGGUCUAUCACUAAGAUAGGUAAAACGACACAAAACGGAAGUUUUGGAACAUAAAUUGCAACACCAUGAACCUCCGAGAAUGAGCCAGACGCGUCGAAAUGUAGAAGAUUGAAUUUAUCUAGCAUAAAAUCCACCC